AUGAACCUGAGCGUUCUGGUGCAAAGGAGUCUGGAUCCUCCACUUUUUUUCCUCGACGACUUGAAGCUUGUUUUCGCUAGCAAAGAGCCUCGGCUGUUACCUGAUUGCUGUCCGGACCAUCAUGUCGUUUCUGAAAUGCAAGGCCAGUGGAGGAAGAACGCUCAGGGCAAGGGCAAUGACGACUCGGCGGUAAGCGAGAGGACCACAGGGCAGUGAUGGUUGAAUGUAUGGUUAUGUGUCCAUUCCAUGGUGCAGGGCGCGACGGGGGCGACAAGUCGACGGUAUGCAGCACACAAGGAUCUGUGUCUGUGUGCUGGACUGGCGAUUCCCCUUGUGCAGCUGUAUCGACACAACGGCCCAGGUCAAGAAGGCCAAGGAGCUCAAGACUGCCAAGAAAAAGAUCUCCCAGGCAAGAUCAGAUGGGCUGCUGGAAUGA